AUGCCCAAAAAAGCGAAGGGAAGUGGUGAUAAAGAAGACCAGGACAAGAAGAUGACAAAGAGAAACUCGGCUUCUGCACCUAAAGACGUGACUGAAGAAAAAGAGAAGAGCAUCUACUUAGCACAAAUUCGAUUCUUGAAUGAAAAGUUGGAAAGAUAUGAGCAGAAAUGCAAUGACCUGGAGGCACAGAAGAAGGACUUAAACCUUAAACACAGCGCCUUGGAGAAGGAAAAGACUGAUAUCAUGGAUUUUCUGAGACGCUCUUUACUGGACAAAGAGGAAGAAGUGGAGAGACUGAGUGAGCGGCUGGAGACUGUUCUGGAAGAAGUUCAGAAAGAACAGGAGGAGAUGCAAGAACAGCACAGUCUACAGAUCGAGCAACUACAAAACAGGACUGAUGAACUAACUGUAGAGAACAAAAGGCUUGUGGAAAAGCUCACCUGUGUGGAGCAGUUCCUAAAUGAAAGAGACCAGAUGAUGGCCAACUUAGACACUCUGAAAAAACAACUUUUUCAUCAAGAAGAGGAGCACAGAGUCAACCUCCAUGAGCGGGACAUACAGGCACUGAUGGACAAGAAAAAGUGGGAGAAGAAACUGGAGGGCCACGUAGCCAAUAUGGAGGCAGAGGUCCAGUCCUUGGUGAACCAGAAGCUCCCAGAGACCACCAGUCUGGCCCUAGAGCAGAACAAGGAGCUAAGGGAGCGUUUUAUCCAGCUAUCGCAGCACACUCAAGAGCUGCUGGAGAGGAACACAGCCCUGCAGAAGAUCAAGACUGGCCUUAAACUGGAUGUGGAAAACUUGGAGCAAAUGUUCAAAGAGGUGUCUCGCAAUAACUGCGUCCAGAAAAGGAUAGUUAAACAGCUAACUGAGAAGUGUACACAGCUACAGACUGAGCUAAACCAGAGUAAACAGAAGCAUCAACAGCUGCACUCGCUGCAUUCACAGAGUAUGGACGAAAUGGAGACACUCAGGAAGGACAGGGCCUCUGUGUUCAAGCAGUGCAAUAAAAAACAAUAUGACAUCAGUCGUCUGGAGGCAGAGUUACAACAGGCGAGGAAGAAGAGGAGCGAGAUGAAGAGCAUCACACAAAAGGGAUGCAUUAUUCUUAAAGAGGCAUUGAUGGAAUUUGAUGUGGAGUAUUCAAAGGAACGGGUUGACCGGUUGAAGCCACUCCUGCAAAAGCUGCUGGUGGUCCUAGAAGCCUCCUCACUCUGA